ACUUUCGGUAGUCAUAGUACUUUCUAUGUAUUGCUUUAGACUCUUGGAAUUUUUGGAGUGAGAAAAAGGUAUAAAGGUAUAACAACUAAGAUCCAAAGACUAUCUUCCAAAUAGUUCAUUUGGAUUGUGCAUUUUGGCGAGAAAAUGAAGGGAGAAGUACAAAAAAAAAACUUCUCUUUUUGAGUGGCUCUUCUCAUUUCUCACCAAAUCUCACCAAAAAUGAUGAGUUUUGAUGAGAAAGGCCUCCCCUUUCUUUUGCCAUCCUUUCUCACAAUCCAAAGGGCUGGUGGACCAGAGGAAUCCAAAUUCUCAUCAAGCUUUUAUAGGCCACUAGGGAGAGAGAAAAAUCAUUGGUAGUAUUGGUGAGGGAGAAGAAGAUCAACACCCUCCCAUUAAUGACAAACUUCAGAGAUAUUGAUCCUGAGCAGAAUUUCAAAAGAACUGGGACAAUAUGGACUGCAAUGGCGCACAUAAUAACUGGAGUAAUAGGGGCAGGAGUGCUGUCCCUAGCAUGGAGCACGGCUCAGCUCGGGUGGGUCGCCGGACCACUGAUGAUGGUGGUCUUUGCAGCCAUCACCAUUGUUUCUGCAAACCUUCUAUGUGACUGCUACAGAUCUCCUGAUCCUGAAUGUGGGCCCACCAGGAACCGGUCCUACGUGGAUGCUGUUCAGUUGUAUUUGGGAGAGAAACACAAAAAAAUAUGCGCAGUGUUUUUGUAUGAGAGCUUGUAUGGGUGUGCAGUUGCAUAUGUCAUAACAGCCGCUGCAAGUGUGAAAGCAAUUGAGAAAUCAAAUUGUUACCACAAAGAAGGGCACGAGGCAUCAUGCAGCUAUGGGGAUACUAUUUUCAUGCUGCUAUUUGGGGGUGUUCAAAUUAUAGUAUCUCAGAUACCAGAUUUUCAUAACAUGGCAUGGCUCUCAGUUGUUGCAGCAAUCAUGUCCUUCUCUUACUCUUCCAUAGGACUGGGAUUAGGCUUUGCAAAAGUAAUUGAAAAUAGGGAGAUCAAGGGGAGCAUUGUAGGAGUCACAGCUGACAGUAUAGCUGACAAAGUAUGGUUGGUCCUUCAGGCAGUCGGGGAUAUUGCUUUUGCCUACCCAUAUACAGUCAUUCUUCUAGAAAUUCAGGAUACACUGAAGUCACCUCCGCCGGAAAGAGAGACAAUGAAGAAGGCCUCCACGUCUGCAAUAUUCAUUACCACCUUCUUCUACCUCUGCUGCGGAUGCUUUGGGUAUGCAGCCUUCGGGAAUGACACGCCAGGGAAUCUCUUGACAGGAUUCGGGUUCUAUGAGCCUUACUGGCUCGUUGAUUUUGCCAAUGCUUGCAUUGUUCUACACCUGGUCGGAGGAUAUCAGGUUUUCAGCCAGCCAGUUUUUGCAUUAGUGGAAGGAUGGUUCAGUUGGAAGUUCCCAAACAGUGGAUUUGUGAACAAUUUCUACUCCUUUAAACUCCCAUUGAUUCCAGCAUUCCAGUUGAACCCUCUCAGGCUAUGUUUUAGGACUACCUAUGUUAUAUCAACCACUGUAAUUGCAAUGAUCUUUCCUUACUUCAACCAAGUUUUGGGGGUGUUGGGGGCACUCAACUUUUGGCCACUGGCAAUAUAUUUCCCAGUGAAAAUGUACUUUGUGCAGAAGAAGAUUGGAGCUUGGACAACUAAAUGGGUUGUUCUUCAAACUUUCAGCAUUGUUUGCUUGAUUGUGUCAAUAUUGGCCUUAAUUGGUUCGGUUGAAGGACUUAUUAGUGCUAAAUGGGGCUAAAAAGUACAGUACGAAGUCUCACAAAUGGGAAUGGAAGUCCUGUGGGGUUUUUUUCCCUGAAAAAAUAUCAAUGACAUUAUAUAUAGCUG